AGACGCAAGAGAAAAAAGAAAAAAAUAAAAAACGAAAAAAAUACAGCCGCCGCUAAACUCUUAGGAGAAGAAAAUCGCUGUCUUUCAGGAUUUCAUCAUUACAAGCCCAUUCGAUUAAUAACUGCUUAGCCUUAGACGAAACAGCCUCUGAGGAAUUGGAAGAGUCUUCUUCCCAUCGAAAUCGAUACCAGCCACGCUCGAUUCAGAAACAAAAGAAAAGCUUUCAGAUCACUGCGAAGAGAAAAAGAAAACGAGAGAUAGAGAGAAAAAAACUCUCCAUCAAUCGAAAAAUCUCAUCUUUUCGAUCAAAGAGAGAGUUUUCAUCUAAUUAGAUGGAUUUCAAACUCGGCCGUAUAAAUCUCAAUGCUGUCGCUCAGGGAGUUGGUGGGCUAGUUUUCGGGAACGAGAAUUCUGUGUCCAGUGAAGAUAGCUAUGUUGAACGAUUGCUCGACCGCAUAAGCAACGGAGUUCUAGCAGAUGAUAGGCGUGCUGCCAUGACUGAGCUUCAGUCCAUUGUAGCAGAAAGUCGUUCGGCUCAGCUAGCACUUGGGGCUAUGGGUUUACCAGUUCUUUUGUCCGUCUUAAGGGAAGAGCGUGAUGAUGUGGAGAUGGUUAGAGGUGCAUUGGAAACACUUGUAAGCGCCUUGACUCCUAUUGAUCCUGCACAUGGACCGAAGAAUGAGGUUCAACCAUCUUUAAUGAACUCCGAUUUGCUUUCUAGAGAGACAGAAAGCAUUUCUCUUCUUCUAAGUUUGUUGUCAGAAGAUGACUUCUAUGUCCGAUACUAUACAAUUCAACUUUUAACAGCUCUUCUUACAAAUUCUCCAAACAGGUUGCAAGAAGCAAUUCUUACUAUUCCCCGUGGAAUAACUCGGCUUAUGGAUAUGCUUAUGGAUCGUGAGGUUAUACGAAAUGAAGCCUUGUUGCUUCUUACUUACCUGACUCGUGAAGCCGAGGAGAUUCAAAAGAUUGUGGUGUUUGAGGGUGCUUUUGAGAAGAUCUUUAGCAUUAUUAAAGAGGAAGGAGGUUCGGAAGGUGGUGUCGUUGUACAGGAUUGUCUUGAAUUACUGAACAAUCUUCUCCGUAACAAUGCAUCUGACCAGAUUUUACUGAAGGAAACUGUGGGAUUUGAGCCGUUAAUUUCAAUCCUGAAGCUACGGAAAGGUAGUGCCUACAGUUUCACCCAGCAAAAGACAGUAAAUCUGCUCAGCGCGUUAGACACCAUUGCAUUGCUAUUGACGGGAAAUCCAGAGAUCGAACCUGGAAAAGAUGCCAACAGGCUAUCUAACCAAACAGCCUUGGCUCAGAAGAAGAUCUUGGACCAUCUACUUAUGUUGGGAGUUGAGAGCAAAUGGGCUGCUGUUGCUGUUCGCUGUUCGGCACUUCAAUGCAUUGGCAAAUUGGUUGUCCGACAUCCUCAGAAUCUUGACACCCUUGCAAGUAAAGUGGUUGGAGAGGAGCCGCAAGUUGUACCUGCCUUGAACUCCAUUCUACGUAUUGUUUUGCGGACCUCAAGUUUGCAAGAAUUCAUAGCAGCUGAUUAUGUUUUCAAGUGCUUUUGCGAGAAAAAUAAAGAAGGCCAAGAACUAUUGGCAUCUACAAUGACUCCUCAGCCACUUUCAGUUUCUCAUGCUAAACAUGAGGAGGAUGUUAACAUACCAUUUGGAAGCAUGCUGUUGAGUGGUCUUAUUUUGAAUGAGACUGAUGGAGAUCUUGAGACUUGUUGCAGAGCUGCUAGCAUUCUUUCUCAUAUACUCAAGGACAAUAUCCAGUGCAAGGAACGGGCUCUACGAGUUGAGCUUGAGGCUCCAGUGCCAUCCUUAGGUGCCCCAGAGCCACUCAUGCACCGGGUCAUGAAGUACUUGGCCCUUGCCUCUUCAUCAAAAAAUAAAGGCAGUGACCAGGAAGGAACAUCAGUUGGGGAUUUAUAUAUCCAACCCAUCAUCAUGCGACUGCUGGUCACAUGGAUGGCAGAAUGUCCAAAUGCAGUUAAUUCCUUUUUAGACUCACCAGCGCACCUCCCAUAUCUCCUAGAGCUAGUGUCAAGCCCAAGUGCAAGUGCAUAUGUGCGGGGGUUGGCAGCUGUUCUGUUGGGAGAGUGUGUUCUUUACAACAGCAGAUCCAGUGAUGAUGGUAGAGAUGCUUUCAACGUUGUUGACACCAUAAGCCAGAAGAUCGGCCUUACAUCAUACUUCUCAAGAUUCAAUGAGAUGCAGAAGAGUAUUACUUUCGUCUCUGCAACAUCAGGCCAGAAUCACAAGCCGCUGACAAGAUCUAACACUGCUAGCAUGACAGAUGCUGAAGACACUGCCGAGAAUGACAGAAUCAAUCAGAAGCAAGAUCAUCCGAUUCUUGCAUCAGUUUUUGACAUGCACUUUGUCAGUUUUGUUAAAAAGCUGGAGGUGGAUAUCAGAGAAAACAUUGUAGAUGUCUUCAGUCGUCCGAAGAACACAGUUGCGGUGGUCCCAGCGGAGUUGGAGCAGAAGGGUGGGGAGAGUGAUGGGGAUUAUAUAAAGCGGCUGAAGUCAUUUGUGGAGAAGCAGUGCACUGAGAUGCAGGACCUUCUUGGGCGAAAUGCAUCAUUGGCUGAGGAAGUGGCCAAGACAGGUGGAGGCAGCGGUUCCACUUCCGAUCAGAAAACGAAUGGUGGCCGAGAAAGAGUCCAGACUGAGACCCUGCGCCGAGACCUUCAAGAAGCGAUGCAACGCGUAGAGACUCUAAAGUCCGAGAAAGCCAAGGUUGAAGCUGAUGCAUCCAUGUACCGGAAUUUAGCUGGGAAGAUCGAGUCCGACCUGAAGAGCCUAUCUGAUGCCUAUAACAGCCUAGAGCAGGCCAAUUUCCAUUUGGACUCGGAGGUGAAGGCAUUGAGAAAGGGAGGCAAUGGGCCACUUCCGGACUUGGAAGCAAUCAGGGCAGAGGCGAGGGAAGAAGCUCAGAAGGACAGCGAGGCUGAGCUGAAUGAUCUGCUUGUAUGUUUGGGGCAAGAGCAGAGUAAAGUGGAGAAGCUGAGUGCAAGGCUGGUGGAAUUAGGCGAGGAUGUUGACUCUCUCCUUGAAGGGAUCGGGGACGAUGCCGGACUACCGGAAGAAGGUGAAGAUGAGGAGGAAGACUGAAGCUUGUGUUUCUCUUGUCAGAUUUCUGCUCAUCGUGUCUGUUCGGGUUGCAUGGGCCCCAACACCGAUUGUAUUUUGCCUUGUGGAAGACACUUCACAUUGUUUAUUUCAAUGUAUUACAAUCAUCAGUCCUUGGAAUUUAGCUGUUUGGAUGUGUUCUUUCUAGCUAUGAGGGUUGAAGAACCAAUAAACCAUUUACUUGAAAAUGAUUAGAGGAUGAAAGCUUAGUCUGCA